UUUCGUGGAGAGUUUUGAGGAUUUUAAUUAAUUCAUUCACAGAAAGAGAAAUGGGAAGAGAACAAGCACAAAACAGGUUAGAUACGGUGGCAGUGGCAAUAGACAAGGACAAAUCAAGUCAAUAUGCUAUCAAAUGGACAGUUGAAAAUAUUCUCACCAGGGGCCAAGCUCUCACACUGCUCCAUGUUAAACAUAGAACUGCAGUUUCCAGCCAAACCAGGUGCACGGUUCCUAUCUCCGAAGUCACAGAGGAGGCUGCAAAAGCGCACAAAAGCCAACUUGAAGCUCAAGCCAACGAGUUGUUUCUACCGUUCCGCUGCUUUUGCGCGAAAAAGGAUCUAAAAUGCAAUGAAGUCAUAAUUGAGGAUACAAAUACAGCAAAAGCUCUGGUUAACUAUGUUAUCAAUAAUUCAAUUGACAUUUUGGUACUUGGCGCACCAGCAAGACACGGCCUUCUCAGAUUCAAAACUACAGAUGUUCCAAGCACCGUGUCAAAAGAGGCACCGGAUUUCUGCACUGUGUAUGUCAUUGGCAAAGGAAAGAUCUCAUCUAUGCAUUGUGCUACCAGAACAUUGCCCCGUAAAGCUUCCUCGCGUAAUCAAAUACAGGACCAACCCAGAAAAGUUUUUGAAUCAAAUUAUACAUUCAAUCACAACCAGCAACCUAGAGCAUCAGAGAGGACUCAGUAUCCACCCCAUAGUAUGCUAGAUGGCAUUGAAAUCAGUAUAUGCAGGUCGCCAUUCACAAGAGCAACAGCUUCAAAUAACAAAUCAUAUGAGCUCUCGUCAGAGACCGAUAUAUCAUUCGUGAGUAGUGGAAGGCCAAGUGUGGAUAAAUUGUUUCCUUCUUUCUAUGAUGGUAUGGAAUCAGGACCUCGAAGUUCAAUCAGCUCAGAUAUGGACACCAUAAGCUCUACAUCAUCUUACUCAGGACACAAGUUCAUUGACAUGAACUCUUUGCAACAUGAAUUCUCAUCCUCCUCAAUUGAAAGUGAAAAUUCAUGCUCAUCGCGGAAUAUGGAUGAAAUGGAAGCUGAAAUGAGGAGGCUCAGGCUAGAGCUCAAGCAAACGAUGGACAUGUACAGUACAGCCUGCAAGGAGGCACUCACGGCAAAAGAGAAGGCAAUGGAACUUCAACAAUGGAAAUUGGAAGAAGAACAGAGAUUACACGAGGCACGGAUAGCUGAGGAAGCUGCAUUGGCACUUGCAGAUGAGCAGAAAAUAAAAUGUAUGGCAGCCAUGGAGGCUGCAGAAUCAGCUCAAAGGAUUGCAGUACUGGAAGCACAGAAAAGGAGGAAUGCAGAAAUGAAAGCCCUUAGAGAAACUGAGAGGAAGAAGGCAUUAGAAGCAAAAACAUAUGAUUUCAUGUACAGGAAAUACACAAUUGAGGAGAUCGAAGUAGCAACAAAGAAUUUUUCAAAUGUAAACAAGAUUGGGGAAGGAGGCUAUGGGCCAGUAUACAGAGGUGAACUAGACCACACACCAGUGGCAAUAAAAGUUCUACGUCCGGAUGCAGCUCAAGGACGGUCGCAGUUCCAGCAAGAGGUUCAAGUAUUGAGUUGCAUGCGCCAUCCAAACAUGGUUCUCCUUCUUGGAGCCUGCCCAGAGUAUGGUUGCCUGGUCUAUGAGUACAUGGCUAAUGGGAGCUUAGAAGACUGUCUCUUCCGGCGAGGUAACACCCCAGUUAUUCCUUGGCAACUAAGGUUCCAUAUAGCUGCAGAAAUUGGCACCGGACUUUUGUUCCUUCAUCAUACCAAGCCAGAACCCCUUGUACACCGUGACCUGAAACCCGGAAACAUUUUGCUAGACCAUAACUAUGUGAGCAAGAUCAGUGAUGUAGGUUUGGCCAGGCUAGUCCCUCCAUCAGUAGCCGAUUCAGUCACUCAAUAUCAUAUGACAUCAACAGCCGGAACAUUCUAUUAUAUAGACCCAGAGUAUCAGCAAACUGGGAUGCUUGGAAUCAAAUCUGAUAUCUACUCACUUGGGAUCAUGUUUCUACAACUAAUAACAGCCAAGCCACCAAUGGGUUUGACUCAUCAUGUUCAGCGGGCUAUCGAGAAAGGGACUUUCCCAGAGAUGCUUGACCCUGCUGUUCCUGACUGGCCAGUUGAGGAAGCCUUAAAGUUUGCCAAGAUAGCUUUACAAUGUGCCGAAUUGAGGCGUAAAGACAGACCGGAUCUUGGAAAUGUUGUGCUACCUGAGCUGAACAGAUUGAGAAAACUAGCCGAAGAUAACAAGAUGUGUGGCAUCCUCGGUGGUGGUGAAGAAUUUUCACCAAGUCAUGGCCCCAUUUCCACAAUACAAGUGAGUUUCAUAACAUAAACCUUGCAUUGCACUUGAGGUUCAUAUUACAUACAGCUUAGUGAAACUUCAAAUUUUGGCAAACUGAAUGAGGUUCAUAUUACAUACAGCCUGUGAAGGCUUCACGAGAUUGUUAGCUCUUUUGUUUUUGGAUAUUUUGUGAACAUUUGUACUUAUUUAUUAACUUUUUGGGGUUUUUCUUUCAGGAUGUUAUGAGUGACUUUGAGCUACCACAGUCUGGAUACUAUAGCUCAAGCUCAAGGAGGAGUUCAAGGGCAUCAUGUUAUUAUGGAAGAAACUAAUACUUUCACUUCAAAUACAGCUUUUCAACUUCUUCCAAGUUUAAUCCAAUUUGAUCCAAACCUGCCCAUAGAUUGUUUAGGAAAUUAGGACUAUGUUGUGAGUCUGUUGAAUAUGUAUCCAUAAAUUCUUUAUUUUUUGAAAAACAAAUCUCCUCUUAGGCAAGGCCAUCUGACAUUCGAGACGUCAACACUGAAUACUCUUUUGCAAUACACGAGUGGCAU